AUGGACGCGGUAGAAGCUGAACUCUUGGAAAUAGAAGAGGAACUCUCACACUCCUCGCUGUUCUUCCUUGAUCUAGCCCCCGAGGGCCUGCUGGCCAGCGGUGGGGUUACUCUCCCAGGGGAAAGUGCCCCGCCAAGCUGGCACAAAUCCGAAGAGUCCUUUCCCUCGACGCUGACGGGCUUCUUGACUCCGAAGCAGACACCCGAAGUCCAGAAAGAUCCCAGAACGGGCAAAGGCGGCUCUGACCCGAGUGAGUUUCUGCAGUUUUCCCGCCCGCACGAUGGGCACACCUGGCCGCUUGGUGAUCUCCACUCCUUGUUCUGGAGUCCCCGGAGGCAGCCGGUUCUCAGAGCCCCGGCCCAGCUCAGGAAGACGCUCCGGAACAGAAGUCCAGCCCCUGAAGACAUAGAAAACAAGAGACCACGCUUAGAGUCUUCGAUUCCCCUAGAAGACAAGGAGAGCGCGCGGGAAGCCACCAACUCCUUCGGAGCUGCCGCCAGCCCGGCCCUCGGGCGCCCGCAGGCUAGCGUCUGCCCCGGGGAACGGACCCGGGGCUCACCCAGAGCGCUCCUUUCCCAGAUUUCGCCUCACAAGAGGACCAAUUCUGGAUCCUGUGCAGACGGCUUUGCACUGGCCAGUCAGACACCUCACGGAGCCUGUCGCCAUCCAAAGAAGGACCAUCGGGAGCCCCCAGGACGACUCCUGCCUUCCUGUAGCUGGCCUCGGGACGCGGAAGUCGGGAAGCCCGGAGUGAGUGGUGGUCGCCCGGGCAUGUCUCCCCCAGAGGAGCCUCGAGGCUGGAGAGAGCUCCUUCCUGGUUGCAGCGGUUCCGAGGGACUCCCAGAGGAGCGCGCGAAGGUCCGGAGGACACCAUGCUGUACGCUGGAAGAAGAGGACGCGCAGAGAGGGAAGAGAGACGAGGAUCCGAGGCUGGGGCUGCCACUUCCACCAGGACGCCACCCCAGCCACCUCACUCCCGUCCCUGAAGACCGGCGGACUUCUCCACAGCUUCCUCUGAAAGCAGUAAGGAACGGUGGCCAGGGGGUACCACCAGCCUGCAGGAGCGCUGCUCACCUUGGUCCCGAACCCGGCAGACUUGCGGAAACCUGCACAAGUGUUGACGUCGUGACAAGUAAGAGGAGGUCUCCACCGAAGGAGAGAAGGUCGGAACCCCAAAAGACAACCGGGCCGAGCUCAGGAAAGGAACGUUGGAGGAGCCUGCUCGAGUCUCCUCUCUCUCACCCAGCGCCUGUGCUACACACUAAGAAACCCCAUUGCUCGGGCCAAAGGGAGGAAAAGAGCCCUGAGGGGCUCCCUGAGCUCACCCAGGACAUGGAAAGGGAGAUCGAGAGGGCCCUGGGCCCUGGCCCCCAGGAUGAGAUACUCAGCAGGACCUUCAAAUUCAGAGUCACUCGAGAGGAUCUGCAGACCUUGCACAAUUUCCAGUGGCUCAAUGAUGGCAUCAUUAACUUUUACAUGAAUCUGCUGGUGGACAGAAAUCAAAAGCAGGGCUUGCCAAGGCUCCAUGCCUUCAGCACAUUCUUCUACCCCAAACUGAGGGCCGCCGGGUACCAGGCAGUGAGAAGAUGGACCAAAGGGGUGGACCUCUUCCAGCAAGACCUGCUUUUGGUGCCCAUUCACCAGAGGGCACAUUGGAGCUUAGUGCUCAUAGACCUGAGGAAAAAGUCUAUCCAGUACCUGGAUUCCUUGGGAGGAAAGGAGCCCGGGAUCUGCACCAUGAUGCUCCAGUAUCUAAAAGAGGAAAGCAAGAGCAGAAGAAAUGCAGAGCUGGAUCCCACAGAAUGGACUCUGGACGAGGGGAGAUCCUGGAAGAUUCCUCAACAGUCCAAUAGCAAGGACUGUGGCGUGUUUCUUUGUAAAUAUGCAGAUUACAUCUCUCAGGACAAGCCUCUCGCCUUCACUCAAAAUCACAUGCCUCACUUCCGGAAGAGGAUGGUGUGGGAAAUCCUGCAUCAGCAGGUGCUCUGA